UUUUUUUUUUUUUUGACAUCGUAGGCCGGAAGGAGGUGUCUUGAGGAGCCUUGUAGGAAAACGAACGGGAAACUGAGGCUAAGAAAAUAGAAGAGGAUACAACACUUUAAAUUUUACGUUAUGAAGCCAGAAUUAUAUUGAUAUCAAAACCUGAGUGACAAGAGAAGAAGUCGCAAUCUAAGAGGGCAGAUGGGAACCAACCCAGAGAUGGUAACUUGCAAUCCUCUGUUCCAAGAAUAUGAAAGUGAUGAGUCUUACGAAGUGCUGGAUUUAACUGAGUACACAAGAAGGCAUCUCUGGUGGAAUCACGUGUUGGGCCACAGCUCAGGACCUGUGGCAGAAAAAUACUCUGUAGCCACACAGAUUGUCAUGGGUGGUCUAACUGGCUGGUGUGCAGGUUAUUUGUUCCAGAAAGUUGGAAAACUUGCAGCAACUGCAGUAAGUGGUGGUUUUCUUCUGUUUCAUGUUGCCAAGCACUGUGGCUAUGUGCAGAUUGACUGGAAGAGAGUCGAAAAAGAUUUAAACAAAGCAAAAAAGCAGAUUAAGAAACAAGCAAAAAGAACAGCACCUGAAAUGAAUAAUAUUCUUGAAAAAGCAGUGGAAUGUGUCAAACAGAACAUUGUGAUAUCUACUGGACUUAUGGGAGGCUUCUUGCUAGGACUUGCUUCGUAAAAGACAUGAAGGCUCUACCAGAGUGCAUUCAAAUGUUAGAAAACAAUGUGCUCACAACAGUACAUGCCCCUCAAGAGAAACAAUUAGCUGAACAAGACUGAACUCAGAACUUACAAUUUGAUAUCUGAAGCUUAAUG